AUGGAAGUGCCCGAGUGUAUGCAUGAGAUGAUCGAAAAGAUAAGUGCGGGUGAGCCCAUCGGUUUAGGCGGGAAAAUGAAACGCAACGGGAAAAUAAUAGAAACCGUAACGCGCUGGAGAGAGGGCUUGAAAGCGGGAAGUGACAGUAUAUGUGCUCUGAAAAAGUCGUUGUAUGGGUUGCGCCAAGCCGGGGUUGAGUGGCAUCGAAAAUUAGUAGAUAGAAUAAAUGUAUUAGGUUUUAAUGCAGUACCACAAGACAAAUGUCUGCUUGUGAACCGGAAAGGUGAAUGUAUGAUGUAUAUAGCAAUAUACGUAGAUGAUAUCUUAUUAGCUAGUGACAACGAUGCCUGGAUAGGUGAAAUAAAGAAAGCGUUGUCAAAGUCAUUCGAGACUCAAGAUCUUGGACCAGUUAAAAAUUGUAUAGGUAUCGAGUUUGAGCGGGACGAAAAGUCACGUGUGUUCUUGAGACAAAGACAGUAUACCAGGGCCGUAUUUAAACGUUUUGGGAUGGAUGAGUGUAAACCGAUAGACACACCCAUUAAGGCUAAAAGUAAUUUAGUAAAACCAGAACGUGCGAGUGAAUCAGAAAUGAAUAAAUAUCCGUACCAGAGUUUAAUCGGAGCGUUGUUGUGUCUUGCGAUAACUACUAGGCCAGAUAUAAUGUACGCGGUAAAUUAUUUAAGUCAAUUCAAUACCAAUUACAAUGUCGAGCAUUGGAAAGCCGCGAAAAGGGUUUUGAGGUAUUUGAAGGGUACGAUAGAUUACGGGUUGAGAUUUGAGCAAACCGGGCUAGCUCUAAUUGCUGUUGUAGAUGCUAACUGGGGAGGGGACUCAACGGAUCGUAAGUCGUAUACGGGGUAUGGAUUUAUUCUGGCGGGAUCUGUAAUUAGUUGGGAAGCGCGUAAACAAAAGACGGUGGCGCUCUCAAGUACAGAGGCAGAGUAUAUGGCGGUAGCGGAGGCUACUAAAGAGGCCCUAUACUUGAAAGGCCUGUUGGUUAGUUUAGGUUGA